AUGGAACUAACUAGGAAGAAUAGACUGAUAAAAGCAAUCAUAUUGGGUGCAUUCACAGUAUUGAUGCUUACUUUGACUAUCGUAGUAACAGUAUUACUGGUACGAAAACACCUAAAGAACAAAAAUAACCCAAAGAAUGAAACAGUAGUACAAAAAUCAGAUAAGAAGACGGAGACAGUAAAACCUGACAAGUCUGUCAAUCUCAAACACUAUAGCAACUUUAUUGUUAUUGCAAAGAAGAUUGAAGAACUAUACAAGACUUCUGNGACAGUAAAACCUGACAAGUCUGUCAAUCUCAAACACUAUAGCAACUUUAUUGUUAUUGCAAAGAAGAUUGAAGAACUAUACAAGACUUCUGAUGAUGCGGCAGUAACACGAUAUCUGGAAUCCUUUGGUUUUACACGUUCUUACAUUGUUUCUAUGACAUUGUUGUUUACGAGAGAUGAUGUGUUUCUCAAAAUCAGCCACCCAAUAACAAAAGUUAUUAACAGGGUGGAUUGUGAGACAAUUAAGAACUUGAAGCAUCCUAACAUAAUUGAGACGUAUCAAUACUACAAAUUUACUGCAAAUAACUCAGUUACAAAGACUCAGUAUCCUGUUGAAAUUACACUGAGUGAGAAACUGAAUCAAUUCACUUGGAAGGGUGGUGAUCAUGCCCACAUAAAAAUGGUUAUGAAGGAUGUGUUAGAGGGAUUGGCAUAUUUACAAACUAAGAGAAUUAUUCAUAAUGGGAUUUUGCCAGUGAACCUGAUGCAGAAAUGGAAUGGUGCACGAAAUGCAAUCAAAAUCAUUGACUUUGAUGUGUCCGUAAUAUUACCCGAGGGUAAAACAACAGUUCGCCUAGGGAGCUAUAUACCAACAUGGAUCGCCGCUCCUGAAUUAAUAAUCUAUAGCUUUGUAGGCUUGAAGACUGAUGUGUGGAUGGCAGCACUCAACGUGACGUUAUCGAUGCUAGAAGUCGUUCCUGGAAUCAAAGGCGAUGCGAACUUAACAUAUUCUUUGGCGAGUACGUAUUUUGGGACGACGUAUUUUCGACGCCUUGAUCUUGUGAAUUUAAACCAACCAUUUUGUGCUCAAUUACCCGGGUAUUUGCCAGCCAAUUUGAGACAAUUCAUAAAUUGCUGUCUGCAGGUUAAAGAAGACGACAGAUCUACACUAAAAGACUUACUGAAUCACCCAUUCCUUGCGCAAACCCCUUGA